UUUGGUUCCUAGCUCCCGGCACCAAGGCGUUCUAUUCUGACAGCCGCCGAACGGGGUGACAAACCAGACGUCAUAACAAUCCCCUCACUCCACCCCAGCAAUGAUGUUACGCGGCCGCUCGGAGUGCUGGGCGACCGGCUUCCGGGCGAGUAUUCGCUAUUUAGCGACUAAAAGUGCGACCAAGGAGGAGAGUAAGUACACGUCCACCAUCCGAUUACCUCGGACCAAAUUUCCGGCCCGAUUGAGCGCCGACAAGCGAUCCGAAGUCGAGGAUCAGCUGCGAAAGACAUGUUUUAGCGAAUUAUACAGCUGGAAUCGUACGGCGCCAGCACUGGCAAAGGAUGAGUUUAUCCUGCACGAUGGGCCACCGUACGCGAACGGAGAGCUACACAUGGGACAUGCAGUGAACAAGAUUUUAAAAGAUCUCAUACUGAAACACAAAAUCAUUAGUGGAUCGAGAGUCCACUAUGUUCCGGGCUGGGAUUGUCACGGGCUACCGAUCGAACUAAAAGCACUAGAAGCGUUUGCGAAGAAGUCGAAAAAGGGACAAACCGGCGCAGGGCAAGCACGCUCGGCACCCGAAAUUCGUGAUACAGCCCGACGAUUCGCACUCGAAACGAUCGUUAAACAGCGGAAAUCGUUCGAAGCAUGGGGUAUAACGGCAGCCUGGUCCGACAGUGAUCGUGGUUUAUACCGCACGCUCGAUCCAGCGUACAUACGUGAACAGCUGCGAUUGUUUUACGAUCUGUACGAGCGCAAGCUUAUCUAUCGAGCGUUGAAGCCCGUCUUCUGGUCACCCUCAUCGCGCUCUGCACUGGCCGAAGCUGAACUUGAAUACGAUGAAGCACACGUAAGCCCUUCGAUGUACGUAAAACUGAGGUUGGCGAAUCGUGGCACCGAUUGUCCCACUAUCAAGAGCAUGGGAUUCGGGAACGCCGCAGACGUGCACGCCGUAAUAUGGACAACGACACCGUGGACACUACCCGCAAAUCAGGCCAUUUGCUACAAUCCUUCGCUGGACUACAGUUUGGUUCGUUCAGUGGACGGUGAUACGCUACUGGUCGGGAAGGAUCUCAUCCAGUAUCUUGGCAAACAGUUGGGACAAACGUUUGAGGCACUGCAAACCAUACCGGGAAAUGAGUUGCGGGCUCUGCGUUAUCAUCAUCCAUUGAACACGGAUGAGGUGCUGCCAUUUUUACCAGCUGGCCACGUGAAGGCAGAGAAGGGUACUGGUCUCGUGCAUACCGCCCCAGCACACGGACCGGAUGACUUUCUCGUAUGUCUCGAGCAUCGGAUGGAAAUCAAGAGCUUGAUCAAUGAAGAAGGACGUUACAACGAGCGUGCCCCGGCACCUCUAAUAGGACGGCUUGCCCUUACUGAGGGUAAUCGAAUUGUAUCGGAAUUGCUGCGGCCAGCGACGCUCCACCUGACCACACUGGAGCAUUCCUAUCCCAUAGACUGGCGUACGAAGCAACCAGUAAUGCUGCGUGCCAGCGAUCAGUGGUUCAUCGAUACGAGUAGCCUGAAACAGAUGGCGCUUGAGGCGGUACGAGACGUUGAGAUAUAUCCGCGAACCUCUGCCGAAGUGAGCAAGCGCGUACUGGAGGGUCAACUACGGAAGCGUCCAUACUGGUGCAUAUCACGGCAACGUGCCUGGGGUGUACCGAUACCGGUUCUGUACGAUUCCCGCUCGGGCCAACCGGUGCUACAUCGGUCAUUGCUUGCUACGCUCGAAGCACGGCUCAUGCAGGAAUCGUCGAUCGAUUUCUGGUGGACCACUCCCGUCGAACAGCUAGUGCCGGAGGAAAUGCUCAAGGAACUCGAGAUACCGCUGGACUGUUUGAGAAAGGGCAACGAUAUUCUUGAUAUUUGGUUCGAUUCUGGAGUGUCGUGGUGUACGGUACUUGGUAAGGAUCGUGUGGCCGAUCUAUAUCUCGAAGGAAUCGAUCAGUUUACAGGUUGGUUCCAAUCGUCCCUUCUGACGAGUGUCGCUUCACGGGGUAAAGCACCGUACAAGGCGAUCUUCGUGCACGGUUUUGCGGUUGACGAGAAUGGUAUGAAAAUGUCCAAAUCGCUCGGUAACAUAAUAUCCCCGUCAAGCAUAAUUACCAAGUACGGCUGUGAUGUGCUGCGCUGGUGGGUUUGCUCUCAUGCUACCCAGAGCACGUCCAUUCCCGUCAGUCACAAGCUGCUCACAUCAUCGGCUGAUAGUGUUCAGAAGUUGAGAGGCAUUCUAAAAUUCCUUCUUGGCGCCCUCAACCGCGCGGACACCAGUGAGCUAGAAAUCCGGACGGAGAUGCUACACCACAUCGACCGCUAUUACCUACAACAGUUGGUCCAGUUUCGGCGGAACGUGUUUGACUUGUACGAUGCCUAUCAGCAUAAUCGGGCGACCGCAAGCAUCCUUAACUUUUGCCUCUCGACGCUAUCGGGGCUAUAUUUGCACGUGGUAAAGGAUCGACUGUAUUGUGGUACCGAUCAAGAACAUGCGCACGUUACUGCUAUUCUCGCCAAUACCUACCAAACGUUGUGUGAGGUAUUGUGGCCCAUCGUACCGUUUCUGGUGGAGGAGAGCUGGACUUAUUAUAGGGGGAAAAACUAUUUUUACAAGCAUUUCCGUCAGGAUAUGUUGAGAAUGUCGCCCCCUACAACUGAUUCCAAAGCGGAGUUAUCCGGCACAGCGAUGGAAGUUGCGCUAGACCUACGCCACGUAGUGUAUACCCAGCAAGCACAACUCAACGUUAAUUCUUGGUUGCUCCAAGUAACCGUUGAGUGCGAUGAAAAUGAUUUUGCUCAACUAUCGGCACUACACCCAAUCGUGGGACGCGCAGAUGCAGAGACGGAACUGUGCGAAUUGUUACAAAUUGGUUCGGUUGAGUUGCGCAGUCGUCCUGCAGAUGAGUCGACCGAACGGUUCAUUGUAAAGAUCACUAAAUCAGAUCAGUCACUGUGCCCACGGUGUCGAAGGUUUCUGUUGCCCGAAGGAGACGAUCGCGCUUGUGUUUGCCAAAGGUGCGACGAGGUGCUGCGGAUGCGCGUGUGAUAUGGUCAAUGAGUAACAACCUAUGAGCGUUUGUUGUUACAUAAAUAUAUUCGUUCCUUUUGGUUGAUAAACGGUUUCUCAAUUCUUUUUUAUUAU